AUGGCGCCAAUGUCAUGCGAUCAGCGGGAACAGGAUGCGGCUGCCUUGAUUCUCCUCCAAAUGGCAGACCCGAAUUGGGACUCGCCCGGCUCUGAGGAACUCGAGCAGGAGAAGGAAAUCGAGGACGAAGAAGCUGAGCAGAAAGCUCAAGACGUCGCACUCGAAACAGUGGUCAAGCCCAAAGCCCUUGCCUUCAACACUCCUGCCUUCGUCGCCGGCUCCACCAGUGCUUCGCAGUCCAGCUCAGCCCCUAGCACGCCUUCUUCUACAUCGUCCUUCUCGGUCAAAGGCGCCUCCUUUGCAGAAAUCGACGCACACCAACAGACAAUCCAGCAGAUUCGCGCCGCAUUGACACCCAAACAACGAUCAGCUCUCAACCUCAAGGAGUACUCUCACUACGACCUCGCCGGCAACAAGAUCGGCACCCUGUGGCAGACUAGAGCUGAACAACGUACAUUCCGUCAGGCCCAGAGAAGAAGAGGUGCAAAGACUGUUCGUGCUGGUACUACCAACGGAAUGAAGCUCAACAGACGUUGUUAA